AUGCCGCGCGCGACCGCGCCGCCGGCCCCCAACUCGGCGUUCACGCCCUUGCGCAACGCCCUGAACGAUCUCGUGGCGUCCCACGCCGCCGAGGCCGCAGAGGCCGUUGCCGCCGCAACGGCCGCGCCGCAGGGGCCGCGCGGCAUGCCCUCGCCCGGGCCCGCGCGCGCCUCGCCGCCGCCGCCCCCGCGGGACCGCCGCCAGCAGUGGCCCACGCUCGGCAUCUUCCGCGAGAUGCGCCUCGCGGACGAGCGCGCCUACCUGGCGCCUGACGGCCCCGGCGACGCCGGCGGCGCGCAGGCGGCCGCGCACCACUACACACCCUACGACGGCGCCGCCGGCGACGCCCGCAACCUCGCCGCGCGCGCCGCGCUGGACGCGCGGUUCAGAGGGGCCGCGGCGGCGCUGGAGGCGCGCAGCUACAGGCGGGAGCUGCUAGAAGGCCUGCGGGCGGCCUCCCAGCGGCCGCCCGCGCUCAGCUGCGGCGUCGCCGCCGACCUAUCGGCGCACGCAGGCACGGGCGCGGGAAGUGUCGCCGGGCGGGGCGAGCCGCGGCUGCUCGGCCGCGGCGGCGGCGGCAGCGCGGCGGCGACGCGAGGCGAGAGCCCCGCGCCACUCUCCGAUGCCGGCGGCCGCCAUUUUAACCAUCAUCCUCACCAUCACCAGUUUUAUCAUCAUCAUCAGCAGCAGCAGCAGCAGCAGCAGCAGCAGCAGCAGCAGCGGCGAGAGUGGGAGGGCGAGCAGCACUGGGGCGACGAGCAGCGCCGCGUGCCGCCGGCGGACGGAGCGCUCCAGGAGUACAGCCGCUGGGACGAGCGCUUGAUACGGCCGGCCACGGUGCCCGCCCCCCUGCAUCACCUGCGAGGCCUGCUGAACGGCGAGCCCCUCGCGGCCCACGGGGGCGCCAGCCUCAGCUGCGGCGGCGGCGCGUCCGUCCGCGGCAGCGGGGCGUUCUCAGAGCGCUGCUGGGCCCCGCCACCGCAGCAGCAGCAGCAGCAGCAGCAGUGGCAGGCGGAGGGGCGGGCAAGCACGUGGCGGCGGCCGCCGAGCGCCAGCCUGGGUGCGGCCCCUUCAGCGGGACGUCCAUCGGCGGCGGCGGGCGGCGGCUGGGCGGGCGAGGCGGUGGAUAGCAGCAUUGACGAGCUGCGGCGGUACCGCAGCCGCUUCGCCGAGCGGCAGGAGCAGCAGGAGCGGUCCUCCCUGGAGGCGCUGCAGCGGCGCCAGCGGCGGCGCCGUAGCCGCGUUUGA